AUGGUCAACCCCAAGAGCAAGAGCAAGAGCAAGGCGCCAGCCCUUAAGGAUUCUGUGCAGGAGACCCCCUACGCAGUCUUGACUGAGAGAGAUGAGCGAGCGGCCGCCAAGCAACCUGCGAAGCUCUCCGCGAAGGCGUUCUUCGGCGAGGAUGCGCCGCAGCCGGAGCCCAAGAAGGCGCUUAUGCCGCUAAACUGGGCGGCUGGCACCAGCUGGAAGCGUGGGGGUGCUGCUCCUGACACCAAGAAGCAGCAGCGUGAAAACGAUACCGCCGCUGGUCCCCAGCCAUGCCGCGGGCCCGUUGACUUCAUGGUAGAGGAGGCAGUCCAGAAGACGCUCCAGGCGGAGCCUGACCUAGCUUCGGACGGCGCGGAGCUCCGGCGAAUGCGGACCGCCCUGAAGUCUGAAUACACGAAGCGUUGGGGUUCCAUGGAGGCAACUGAGCGCCGAAUGUACGAAGAACAGGCGGCAGCUGACAAGGAGCGCUAUCGCACUGAGAUGAAGUCCUGGAAAGAGGCCAGCGGCGGUGGCAACAAGCGAGGCAAGAAAGGGGUCGCAGCCAGCGAGAAUGGCGACGCUGUUGGUGCCGAUGCCAACGGCGAGGAUGGCGACCAGCAAGAGAACGGCCCUGCUGAAGCGGCAGGGGAUGUUGCGGCUGGCGACGGCCAGGGAAAAGGCAGGGGGAAGGCAGCAGCUUCCAAGGGAAAGAAGACCAACAAGAAGGCGUUGGAAGCUGUUGCAGCGGAUGCGGGCACCAGUAUUCCCGCUGCCAUCGAUGCAAAUGAAGGCGCAGAUGCUGCAGAGGACGACGAUGCAGAGAAUGGCAGCGGCAAGGGCGCCAAGAAGACCGAGAUUGCAGGCAAGAAGGGAGCCGCAAAGCCUGAUGGUGGCGCAAAGUCCGCCAAGGUCAGCCGGGCGCCCCUGCGCUGGGCUGAGCGGCAGCGACGGGAGCUGCUGGGAGAGGGCAUGAAUGCGGGCGAGGGGGUCGAGGCAGGCGAGGGGAAUGAUGCCGGUGCAGCUGAAGCAGCCAUCGGAGAUAAGCGGCGUGCGCCGUCGGCCCGGCAAGCGGCUGCAGCCACUAAGAAGAAGAAGUUGCUGGAUGACGACCAUGCAGCAGCGAAGGCGGCGACGGAUGAUGAUGAGGAGCCUGCCGACAUGCCCAAGAAACGUGGUGCGGCCAAGAGGUCGGCCGGGGCGAAGCAGUCUGCCGCCGCCGCUAAGAAGCCGUCCAAGCGCCAACAAAAAAGCGCUAAGGAUGAGGAAGAAGAAAGUGAUGAGGAGGAUCAGGGCGAUGAAGAAUCUGACAUCAACUCUGGCAGUGAACAGGAUAUUGUCAUGACCGGCACGGAUGAGGACGAAGAUAUGAUUCCUGCCAGUGAUGACGACGAGGUGGAGGAAGAAGAGGAGCCGGCGCCUGCCAAAAAGAAGCAACAGCAGCUGUCCAAGCGCAAGGCCUCCAAGCCGCCGCCGGCCCCUUCUGCCAAGCCGAGUGCCAAACCCAAGAAGGCAGCGGCGCCAAAGAAAGUGGCGGCAACAAAGAAGGCACCUCCAGCCGUAGCUGCGCGCCGUGGUGACGGCGACAAUAAGCGCCGGCGGCAGGCUGACAGCGACGAUCAGGCAGAGGAAGCGGAGCCGCCGGAGGUGGAGCACGAAGCGCCAGAGGCCAAGCAGGAGCAGCCGGCACCGGCUGCGCGUGGGCGUGGAAAGUAUCCUUCCAAAGCGUCCAAGGCAGAGCCGCAGGAGGAGGAGCACGAGGCGCUGGGCGCGAAGCAGGAGCAGCCGGCUGCUCGCGGGCGUGGAAGGGCCUCAUCCAAAGCGGCUGCAGGGACAGCCGCCGCAGAGGCGGAUGCCAAGCCAGCGGCCCCUGCCGAAGGUCGCAAGGGCCGGGGAAAGGUUGCUGCCAAGGCCAAGGCAGUGGAGGAGAAAGAGGAGGAGAACACGGACCAGAUGGAUGCUGAGAAGCAACAGCAGGUGGUUACGGAGGAACAGCGCGACGAGGAACCGGCACCCAGGCGGGGCCGCAAGGCUGUCAAGGCGAUUGCAGCGCCAGCGGAGCCCGUGGAAGCGCCAGCGCCCUCCAAGCCUGCCUACGCAGCUCCUGUCCCAGCUCCUGCCACAGAUCCCGCCGAGGCGCCGGUCACCGCUCCAACUGCUGGCGGGGGCGGUAAGUCAGCUAACCUGAAGCGCAAGGGCCGUCUCGCUGCAGCACGCGGUGCAACAGCCGCGGCAGACGUGCAGCAGGAUGCGGCAGCUAAUCAGGAGGGGUCGAAGGAGGAGAUUGUGCCGCAGCAGGCGCAGGAACCUGCUGCAGGCCAGGGUGCCAAGCGCGGCAGGCCUGCCAAGCGCACAGCACAGGAUACUGAGGCAGAAGCAGGCGCGCAACGGGGUGUGGAACGCGAAGUUGACGAGGAGGAUCGCAAGGCGGACGCAGGCAAAAAGGGUAAAGGCGGCGGCGCUCGUGACCGCGGCGGAAAGCCCAAGGCGGGUGGCGAGGACGGCGCUGGCAAGGGCCGCCCGCGCCGUGGUAUGUAA